CCGUGGGUGAAGGUGAAGGGGGGCGUGGCUUGGUUGGGGCUGCCGAGGGCCGCCUAGAGCCUCUUGGGACCCAGGACUGGGACCCAGGUUCCAGGCCUCAGGAAGACGGUGGACCACAGGGGAGGCUGGCCGGAGAGAGAGGGAAGGACAGGGCCUGGCCCUCGGGACUCCCUGUGCCUCGCUUAGAGCUAACGCCGACGGUUUAUUGCAGGCCGCUGACAAGAUCACAUUUUGAGAAGAAGUUGGAAAGAACCCCAAGUGGAUUAACUGAAUAUCUGGAUGAGGACAAGAUCUGUGGGGAGAGACUGUAAAGUAAGAAGAAGAGAGGGCUAGAACCAAGCCUUGAAGAUAGAAUGAGUCCAUUUGAGUCCCAGGACGGUGGAAACUAGCUAGAGGAUUGCAGCCAUGUUGUGGAAGCUGCUGAUGAGAUCCCAGCCCUGUAGGCUGUGUUCUUUCAGAAAGAUGCCAUCAACUCCAAAAUAUAGACCUUUCAUAGCAUGCUUCACCUACACAACUGAUAGACUGUCAAGCAAAGAAAAUACAAGAACAGUGGAAAUGCUCUAUAAAUUUUCAGUUGACAUUAGGAAAAUUCGUAGAUUGAAAGGAUGGGUACUUUUAGAGGAUAAAACCUAUGUUGAAGAAAUUGUGAAUAUUUUACAAGAACUAGGUGCCGAUGAGACUGCUGUAGCCAGUAUUUUGGAACGCUGCCCGGAAGCAAUUGUUUGUAGUCCAACCACUGUUAACACCCAGAGAAAACUCUGGCAGUUAGUCUGCAAAAAUGAGGAAGAGUUAAUCAAGUUAAUAGAGCAGUUUCCAGAAUCUUUCUUUACUGUUAAAGACCAAGAGAACCAGAAGCUGAAUGUUCUGUUCUUUCAAGAGUUGGGACUAAAAAAUGUGGUCAUUAGCAGACUUUUGACAACUGCAUCUAAUAUUUUUCAUAAUCCUGUUGAGAAGAAUAAGCAAAUGAUAAGAAUUCUCCAGGAGAGCUAUCUAGCUGUAGGUGGUUCUGAGGCCAACAUGAAAGUUUGGCUACUAAAACUGUUAAGCCAAAACACAUUUAUUUUGUUAAAUUCUCCCGCAGCUAUAAAGGAAACACUAGAAUUUCUCCAGGAGCAGGGUUUCACAAACUUUGAAAUUCUCCAGCUUCUGUCCAAACUCAAAGGAUUUCUUUUUCAACUUUGCCCAAGAAGUAUACAGAAUAGCAUUUCCUUCUCUAAAAAUGCUUUUAAAUGCACAGAUCAUGACCUGAAGGAAUUAGUUUUGAAAUGUCCUGCCCUUUUAUAUUAUUCUGUUCCAGUUUUAGAAGAGAGAAUGCAAGGAUUAUUGAAAGAAGGAAUUUCCGUAGCUCAGAUAAAAGAGACGCCAAUGGUUCUUGAAUUAACACCACAAAUAGUACAGUAUAGGAUAAGGAAACUCAAUUCCUUAGGCUACAGAAUAAAGGAUGGACAUCUGGCAAAUCUAAAUGGAUCAAAAAAAGAGUUUGAAGCUAAUUUUGGCAAAAUUCAGGCCAAAAAAGUAAGACCAUUAUUUAACCCUGUGGCACCAUUAAAUGUUGAAGAAUGACAUACUGACUGAUGUUGCUUCUUUCUAGCAGUGCAAGGUGAAACUAGCAAAGACAAAAAUUCAGGCAGUUUGUAGGCACCUGUAAUUUUAAGAACCUGCUUAGCUUCUGAAUUGUGUUUGAGUUAUCUCUAAGUAGAUAAAUUCUGACUCUUGCCAUAUUAUAAAUUGUAAACUGUAUUCAUUUUAAUAACUAAAGUUGGUAACUUUUACCUUAAACCAUUAGUUCAAAAACUCAUGUACCAUUAAAUGCCGUAUCAGUUUGAUACUUUAUAAGUGAAUCAUUUCUAAGAAAUGGACAAGUGCUUCCUUAAUUCAAGGUAUGGAUACAUUUUUAUACAGCACAUUUCAUCUUGCCAUGCAAAUCCAGUCUUCCUCACUACCCGCCAUGAAACAUCACUCUAGCUUAGUGUUACAUGAAAUAUUAGCAAACUUCUAUACCUUUUUUUUUUUUUUUUUGGAGAAAACUAAUUUCAUCUUGUGCUUGGAAUAAAUGACUGUCUUUGAGAACCUAGUAUUACUUAUCU